CCGCAGCCGCAGGAGUAGCCGCCCACGGAGCCGCGCGCAGCCAUGGCCGAGAACCCCGGCUUGGAGAACCACCGCAUCAAGAGCUUCAAGAACAAGGGCCGCGAUGUGGAAACAAUGCGAAGACACAGAAACGAAGUGACAGUUGAACUACGGAAGAACAAAAGAGAUGAACACUUACUGAAAAAGAGGAAUGUUCCCCAAGAAGAAAGUUUAGAAGAUUCAGAUGUUGAUGCUGAUUUUAAAGCACAAAACGUAACACUAGAAGCUAUAUUGCAGAAUGCCACAAGUGAUAAUCCAGUGGUCCAGUUGAGUGCUGUCCAGGCUGCAAGAAAGCUUUUAUCCAGUGACAGAAACCCACCAAUUGAUGACCUAAUAAAAUCUGGGAUCUUACCAAUUCUAGUCAAAUGUCUAGAAAGGGAUGAUAAUCCUUCAUUACAGUUUGAAGCUGCCUGGGCACUAACUAACAUAGCAUCAGGAACAUCUGCACAGACUCAAGCCGUUGUACAGUCUAAUGCAGUACCUCUUUUUCUGAGACUUCUUCAUUCACCACAUCAGAAUGUUUGUGAACAAGCAGUAUGGGCUUUGGGAAACAUUAUAGGUGAUGGUCCUCAAUGUAGAGAUUAUGUCAUAUCACUGGGAGUUGUCAAACCUCUUCUGUCCUUCAUCAAUCCCUCCAUUCCCAUCACCUUCCUUCGGAACGUCACAUGGGUCAUUGUCAAUCUCUGCAGGAAUAAGGACCCCCCACCGCCUAUGGAAACAGUUCAGGAGAUUUUGCCAGCAUUGUGUGUCCUCAUAUACCAUACAGACAUAAACAUUCUUGUCGAUACUGUUUGGGCCCUGUCAUACCUGACAGAUGGAGGGAAUGAGCAGAUACAGAUGGUUAUUGAUUCAGGGGUUGUGCCAUUUCUGGUGCCCCUUCUAAGCCACCAGGAAGUGAAAGUUCAAACGGCAGCACUCAGAGCUGUUGGCAACAUAGUGACUGGCACUGAUGAGCAGACCCAGGUUGUUCUCAACUGUGAUGUCCUGUCACACUUCCCUAAUCUCUUAUCACACCCAAAAGAGAAGAUCAAUAAGAGGAAGAAGAGACAGAUGAGUUACGCAGUGGUAAAUCAGGAAGCAGUUUGGUUCCUUUCCAACAUAACUGCAGGCAACCAGCAACAGGUUCAAGCUGUAAUAGAUGCUGGAUUAAUACCUAUGAUUAUUCAUCAGCUUGCUAAGGGGGACUUUGGAACACAAAAAGAAGCUGCUUGGGCGAUUAGCAACUUAACAAUAAGUGGCAGAAAAGAUCAGGUUGAGUACCUUGUACAACAGAAUGUAAUACCACCAUUCUGUAAUUUGCUGUCAGUAAAAGAUUCUCAAGUUGUUCAGGUGGUUCUAGAUGGUCUGAAAAACAUCCUGAUAAUGGCUGGUGAUGAAGCAAGCACAAUAGCUGAAAUAAUAGAAGAAUGUGGAGGCUUGGAAAAAAUUGAAGUUUUACAGCAACACGAAAAUGAAGAUAUUUAUAAAUUAGCCUUUGAAAUCAUAGAUCAGUAUUUCUCUGGUGAUGAUAUCGAUGAAGACCCUAGCCUCAUUCCUGAAGCCACACAAGGAGGUACUUACAAUUUUGACCCAACAGCCAACCUUCAAACAAAAGAAUUUAAUUUUUAAGUUCAGUUGAGUGCAGCAUCUCUCUCGCAUUCAGUAUGAAGCACCACCAGAAGGCUACCAAAUAACAAGAACAACAACAAAGGCUCCAAAACAUACAUGCCUCUUCGUUUUGAUGCUUCUAAGGCAAGCCAUGUCUCAGUCACUUUGCAGUUGCCAAAAGUCACUAUAACAUGGACUGUAAAUGCAUAUGCAUGAUUUCCUAAACUGUUUUAGAAUUCUCCAUAACAAUCUCAACUACCCUAUUUCCUCCCCAUUCCCUGGUGCCACACGCUGACAGCUACAGUCUACAGUUAAGAAUAUUCCAUAACGGUGGCGUGUCGGCUGCGCACUGAUACUCCUUUGGAAGAUGGUGCGCCGUGGAUCAAGAACCUUUGGUAUGAUGCAUAUACAUGCUGGAAGACUCUAAAGAGGUGCAGUCUGACCUGGGCCUCCAUCAUUGUCCUCCACAAACAUAUUUUCAUACUCUUUACGUGGAAGAAUAGAUUUUAAAGUACAAGCCAAAUGAUUUUCAUUGGUGGAACUGACACACAAAAUAAGUAACUUAAAAAAAAUUAAAAAAAAAAAAACUUGGUUAUUGAUUAAACAGAUAAGUUUUAAAAAACUGUACUUCAUCUACCAGUAAUUGAUGUGUUUCUUAUCUGCCUCAGAAGCCAGGGUUGGAGGAAGAACUUUAGAUAUGGCUGGUAAUGCUUUCGCCAUUGUACCUAAAUUUUGAGAACAGCGAGCCCCAUUUGACCACUCACUCCAGCCUGUGUGUUCCUGCUGUUUUGAAGUAAUCAAAUGCUGUGCAUGGUAUUUUACCUGAGCUGCAACCUGUUAUGGACUUGAACUUCUGUGUAAGGUGAAAGCAAGAGUCCCUAACUAUAAAAGGGGGGAAAAGGUCUAAAACACCCAUUGGUGAUGUUUAAAAAAAAAAAAAAAAAUCUUGCUUUCAGCUUUCAGGAGUUAAUAUUUUUGUUUUAAAUUGAUAAUUGGAUAUGGUUGAUUUACGUUGGGUUUAAACUGUGGAGCUUUCAUGUUUACUGUAAUUUUAGUCUUAAACUAUUUUUUACUUAGUAACCAGUGCUUUUGAUAAUGUGGUUGGCAACAAACCAGCAACUAUUUAGAAGUGUCAUAAGACUUCAUUUUCUUGAGUAUUGGAAGCGUUAAUUCAGAUCCUAUUCUAAAUGCAUAUUCACAUAUUAAAACAUUCAGACAAGGAUCUGUGUAGAGGAAUAAUCUGCAGUUGUUUAACAUAAACCUGAUUUUCAGUGAUCUUUAAAUAAUUCUGCAAUAUCUGGUAUUACUAUGUAAAGUCAUUGCUUUUGGUAAAAUUGUCUGACCCAGUUAUUAAUGAAAGAAUAUGGAUUUGAAAAUUUUAAAACAGAAUAAUUUGUGCUGUCACAAAAAUGGUUUUGUUGCUAUUGUUUACUGGGUAUAAUUUCCCAAUGCAUUGAUGUGAAAGGAUAGAAAGUCCAAACUAAUGUAGUUAUCCAGUGGGGGGUGUAUUUACUGUGAUGAAGAUGAGACAGAUGCCAUCAGAGCUUCGUGAAUCAGCUGGGGUUUUUUUCACUGAUAAACAACACAUAGCAGGUGUGCGUUCAUUAAAACUAUAUGUAUCUGCCAAGGUGGAGCCACUUUAAAGAGUGAGUUUUGUCUUGUAUCUAAAGUGGAUACAAGCGUAUGUUUAAACUGCAAGAUUUUUACUUGCUAGAGAAUCUGUUUUAAUAUAGUGGUUUGGCCUCUGAUUAUUUAUAGGUUUUAUAAAUUUUAGAAUCAAUUUCUCUUUAAGGUGGCUCAGAUUUUUCAACUCUUGUGCACAUAAAAUUGAGUUGAAGUUCAUUGUGCCUUUUUUUCGUUAUCCAGAUUUUGAGUUAAAGCUUCAUACGGUAACUGCAUCCUAUUCGGGCGCUAUAGUCUAAAUUUUUGAAACUGUGUGGCAUUCACUAAAAGUAGGAAUAACAAAAUCAAAUCUAAUUAAGGUCACAAACUUCGGUGAAACCCUUAAAGUCCAAAUCUUCUCGAUAUUGUGAAUUGUACCCCUUCCAGUUGAGUUACUUCUGGACUCUUCAUACUCACUGACAGUUACCUUUCAAAUUUUGCACACAUUGAGAUUAAAAUCGGGCCUCUCCUGUGAACAAUUGCUAUUUCCUCUUGUGUUCUAAGUGCAAACUAACAUUUAAAUGAACAAUAGCAUCAAGUAGUGCAGACCCCUGCGUAUGCAUUGGCUUGAUGCAAUUUGUUGUGACCUUACCAGGUUUUGAAUUGGAAUUACACCAUUUCGUAGAUAAAGGAAACUAUAUUGCUGCACUUUUAAGUUUUCAAAACAGUGUUUAAAAAUUGCAUUGUUUUUAUUUUUUUUUAAACUCAGUUAAAGACUAAAACGUUCUUUCAAAAGAGGCAUCUAAAUGUGUUCCUAAUUUUGUAUAUGGGCUUAGGUUUUGUAACCAAUAAAAAAAAGCUGCUAUCAAAUAUGAUAAAACAGUGAAGGACUUAUUUCAAAAAAACGUAAUUGCUUAGUUUUGCUUUUGUGUGGUUAAAUUUAAAUUUGGAGUUAUUUUUCACAUAUCACCUACAAAGGAGGUGAAUCAUGAAUCAGCCUUCCAUUGUGUGUUAAUAUCUCCUUUCCCACUAUCGCAGCACCUGGAUGACCAAUAGCACUGCUAGCUUAAGGAGUAUCUUAUAACAAAUAAGUAGUGCAGAGUCUCAGUCUUAAAUACUGUACCCUAAAAAAGGGCCAUUUAUUUGAAAGGUGGUGUGGUUAUGACUUUCAUCAAACAAAAAACAAAAAAGACCUUAAGUCUUGUCUAACCCUUGAAAACAUGUAGCUAUGAAAGAUCAUAAUUGAAACCUGCAAGCUUUAGCCUGUUAGAUAAAAAUUGUGGCUCAAAGUGAAAUCUCAAAUUAAUUGAAACAACAAAGGAGGAGCUAAACUUUUAAGUAUACAAACAUUUUUACUUUUAUAUAAUGCUACUUCAAAUUAUUUUUGAAAAAAUCAGCAUAUAAUAAAUGUGAUAGUACUCCUAUAUAAUCUUGCCAGAAUUUCCUUCAGAAAUGUCAUCCUUUUCAGGGGAUUAAUUGCUGAGAGUUGUCUUGGGGUCAUUGUUACUAAUUUUUCUAACCCUAGUUGAUCCAUUUGGGGAAAGGGAGUAUAAUUUCUGUACAUUAAGCUAUGAGUAGGGAGGCAUUAUAACCCAGGGAGUGUUCUGCGUGACCUACCAUAUAAAUGUACUUGAAUCAGUCAGCUGAAAAACAGAGAUAGAAUGAGUCUCAGAAAAUACUCUAUACCCUGAUGGAGCAGGAGAGCACUGGGAUGCAGACCUCAAAUUCUCAUAAAAAGACCAGACUUAAUGAUCUGACUGAGACUAGAAGGACCCCAGAGGUCAUGGUCCCCAGACUUUCUGUUAGCCCAAGGGAACCAUCCCCAAAGCCAACUUUUCAGACAGGGAUUAGACUGGACUAUAAGACAGAAAAUCACACUGGUGAGGGGUGAGCUUCUUGGCUCAAGUAGACACCUGAGACUAUGUGGGCAGCUCCUGUCUGGAGGGGAGAUGAGAAGGCAGAGAGGGACAGAAGUUGGCCAAAUGAACACAGAAAUAGAGGGUGGAGAGGAGUGUGCUGUGUCAUUAGGGUGAGAGCAACUAGGAGUAUUUUGCAAGGUGUAUAUAAAUUUUUGUAUGAGAGACUGACUUGAUUUGUAAACUUUCACUUAAAGCAUCAUAACAACAACAAAAAACAUAUAUAUAUAUAUAUCAAGAGAAAGUAUUUGGGGAAAGGGAUGUAGGAAUGCAGCCAUAGUCACAUCCUCAGCCUCUUUAUUUGCCCAUAAAAUCCCUGUGCUAACUUUAAAUCAGGGUUUCUUAAACCCUGCACUGCUGACAUUGUAGGCCAGAUAGUUCUUUUUGGUGGGGGAUCUCUCCUGUGCAUGUCGGAUGCUUAGUGGCAUCCCUGGCCUCUACCCACUAGAUGCCAGUUGCACCCCUCCUCCCCCCAGUCAUGACAGCUAAAAAUGUCUCUGUAUAUUGCCAAAUGUUCCCGGGGAGGGGGAGGGCAAAGUCUCCCCUGGUUGAGAACAACUGGCCUCAAUUCCUGAGGAAAACGUCUCCACUCAGAUGACGUUUUGUUGUGUGAACAAUUCUAGGCUUUCCUGAGAUGCAUAGGAUAAAAAGAAAGAGGAGACAAACUAUCUUUUCUUCAUUUGCUGUUUUAGGAGAAAUCAGAGCCUAACCGUUUCCCAGGUCACCGUCUGUGGGAGCUAGUGGUAGUACUGGGGCCCAUCUAUUGCAAAUGGCUUAGAGUAGAAAUGAGAAUAUGGUUAACUGUUUACCCUCUUAGAAUUAUUCUUUGGAUACAUAAUAGGGUUGGGUGAAAAACAUGAAAUUACCUAUAAAUGAGAUUUUACCCAUCUGCUCAACGCUUCCCUGUGGCAGUGUUUUUCAGACAUUUUUAGUUGGUCUCUUAGUUCUCUGAGGAAAGCGAGCAUUGGACCAGGAAAUCAUACCAUAGUUUGAAAACCAGUUCUUGAAGCGUUGUGAGAGAUUAGCCCCAUCCUCAGGAAACUGCACGUCUGGAUGGGAAAACGAAGCCAUUUUAUUUAUUUAUUUUUUUAAUUUAAUGGAUGGUCCAUUAAUUAAAUAAUAGUGAAAACAGGCAGUAUAAAACUAGUUUAAAUCAUAUAGCAAAAACUAGCUAACUAGUUUUAAAAUUGAGAAUAUCUACACGUUUGUGAAUAGUAUAGGGCAGCAGACGGAGGACGGUGGAGAAUACAACAGUAGAUGAGACAGGCUGUUCUUCAAAGAACGGUUUUUGCUACUAGCAGGAACGUGUUCUAAGUUUAAUAAGUAGAAAUAGAUGAGAACAAAGUUCAGAGAAGGGAAACAGUAAAAUGCUUCUUGGAUAUAGUGGGACUGAGACUUUGAAAAGAUAAGUUCUUCAGGACUAGAUCUACACCAUUCCAAGUGGUUCAUGAUUUAGAUUCCUUUGGAUUAAGCACAGGACUCUAGAUGUUCAGUAGACAUGUAUUGGAAAUGAUUAAAAGCAGAAGAGCUAUGGCUGAGCCGUGCUAUACAGGAGGUGCUCCCUGCAGGAGAAUCUCUUCCGCAACAUCCCUCUUCCCUAACAAAUUGCCAUCAACCUUCUUAAUUUCUCUUUUCUGAAACGGUGGUACCAAGGAUGUGGGGUUUUGUGCCAAAGGACAGCUAUUUCACUUGAUGGUGAGUAAAACAGCCUCAUGGUGAUACAGCCCUACACUUAACAGCAAAAUACACAUUUUCUAUAAUGUUUUUAAGAUAAAAUCUGAUUUUUGAGGCAGGCCAUCUUAUGAAAAUAUUCCUGGCAGAGUAACUCAGAAAAAUUUCUCCUACUGUUUGAUCGCUUAAGCUAUUACAAAGUCCUUUUUUAAUAUCGAACAAAAAUCAUCCUCUUAAAUGACCAUCAUUGUAAAUUUAGUGUUUUUGACGGGGCAUAGACUUUUUUGUUGUCUCCAGAGAGCAGAAGAGACUAAUCCCUUUUUAUCAGUUCCCUUCUUCAGUCUGAACAGCCCCAUGUACUUCAACCACUCUGCUUAUGGAGUGGUUCCCUGAACCUAUUUCCUGCCAGCUUGAUGCACUCCAAGGACCCCAAGAAGAAAGUGUGUGCUAUGACUAGUAUCAGGGUGCAAUGCAAUGGGAAUGUUCCAUUAUCUAGACACAGUUCCAUGAAUGUGGGGGAGAUUAUUUCAGUUAUCUUACCAGCUUAAUCAUACUAGAUUUGUCAUUCAAGUAAAAGCCUCCAGCUCCCCUUCACAUCGGCUCUCUUUGACCUGUACUUAUGCCGUUGCACUUUUCAAAUCUGAAUAUAAGAAUUUAUAAAUUUCAUAUUGCAGUUGCUGUUGUUAGGUGCCGUCGAAUCAAUUCCGACUCAUAGCGACCAUGUGCACAACAGAACGAAACCCUAACCGGCCCUGCGCCAUCUUCACAAUCGUCGUUACGCCCGAACCUGUUGUUGCAGCCCAUUUUUUGCAGUACCGGAAUCUGUGUGAGGAGGAAAUGUUUUCCACUAAAACGAGCAAUAGAAAAGUGGUGAGACUGCACCCUAUCAAUGGCCGAAAACUUGCUAGACCUGGAAAAACAAGGCAGUCCCGUCAAGUUCCAGCUUACAGGUUUCACUGUAUUUCAGCCCGGUUUUCCUCAUAAUCAGAUCAGAUUCUGUUAUCUAUUCUUUCCGUGUGUUCAGUCUUUUAGAAGUAAGAACUUUGACUAAGCCUCUAGAAACAUCCGUUCAAGUGCUUACUGAUCACCCUAUUCCAUGCCAGGUACUCUAGGGCACACGAUACUAUUAAAAAAAAAAAAAAAAAGUUUACAGAAAUAAA